AUUUGCAUGCAUUAUUCAUAUAAACUUGUAACAAGCACACGUCUUAACAAAUUCUUUAGCAAUACAAUACUUAGCUUAUUCAUUUGCAAAUACUCCUUUGCUUUCUAAAACUAUGGCUUCAUAUGUUUCCUCUGUAGCCUUUCUAAUUAUAGCUUACUUUGUUAUGGUUUCUAUUGGGAAUUCAAAUGCCCAACUCACACCAAACUUUUAUUCAACUUCUUGUCCUAAAUUGUUUCCUACUGUGAGAUCUGUCGUACAAUCUGCUAUUAACAAGGAGGCUAGAAUGGGUGGUUCCCUUCUUCGUAUGUUCUUCCACGACUGUUUUGUCAAUGGAUGUGAUGGAUCAGUCUUACUAGACGAUACCUCUACUUUCACCGGAGAAAAGAAUGCUUUUCCAAAUAAAAAUUCACUUCGAGGAUUUGAAGUUAUAGACCAAAUAAAAACCGCUGUUGAGAAAAUUUGUCCGGGUAUUAUAUCAUGUGCUGACAUCUUAGCCAUUGCUGCAAGAGAUUCUGUCAAUAUUCUUAAAGGGCCAACUUGGAAUGUGAAGUUGGGAAGAAGGGAUGCUAAAACGGCAAGUCAAUCUGCAGCAAACACCAAUCUCGCAGCACCAACUUUUAGUCUUAGUGCUCUCAUUUCUAACUUCAAAAAUCAAGGCCUUUCCACCACUGAUUUGGUCGCAUUAUCUGGCGCGCACACAAUUGGACAAGCAACGUGCGUUACCUUUAGGACUCGUAUAUACAACGAAAGCAACAUUGAUGCAUCAUUCGCAAAAACGAGACAAGCAACUUGUCCAAGAGCAAGUAACACGGGCAAUGCCAAUUUAGCACCCUUAGACGUCCAAACCCCAAAUAAUUUUGAUAACCUCUACUAUAAGGAUCUUAUUAGUCAAAAGGGACUUUUACAUUCGGAUCAACAGUUGUUUAGUGGUGGUUCAACUAAUGCACUUGUUCAAACUUAUAGCACUAAUCCUGCUCGAUUUAAUGCUGAUUUUAUCACUGCUAUGAUUAAGAUGGGAGAUAUUAAGCCUCUUACGGGAACCAGUGGUGAGGUUAGAAAGAAUUGUAGAAAAAUAAAUUAAGAUUAAUUGAUUAAUUAAGGGUUAGGGCUUUUAUUUAUAUAUUGAUACUUCAAACACUCCACCAUUGGAGUAUUAUUUAUAUAUUUUAUAUUUUUAUGUUUGGCUCAAAGGAGAUUUGGUUGUAUACUUGAAUUGCUUUACUAGUUCAUAUACUAUACUCAUCUAUUUUGUUUAAGUUGCUAUAAAAUGUACAUCAAAAUAUGAGUUUUGAAUGUUAUGUAAUAAAUGUAAAGGGAUAGAUGAAUAAGUAGUAGUAUUUAAUUAUAGUUUUUCUUUUUGUAAUCACUUUGUAAUUGUGUGAUAGGAUCAAUGAAUUUGUUGGUUAUUUUAUUUUGUAUGGUGUCAACAAUAUGCAACUAAAAUUUACACUUUUUUGAUA